AUGAUUCCUAAUUUUCCUUCUCAUUCCAAAUUUCACCAUGUUACAAACCCCUUGUCAUUCUACACAUCUUGCAGGUGUGCAAGUGUUAAAUAAUCCGGCAAAGUAUGGAUAAUGUCCCACUAAGUGUUCCCCCAGCUUUGAACCUCUUGUCAUUCUUUACUUAGUUCCACACUUCUGUGUGGAAGUGUGGAAGUGUGGAAUAGUCUGACAAAGUCAGGAUAAUGUCACACUUUUCCCCCAGUCCCGAACCCCUUGUCAUUCUCUGAUCCNUAAUCCGGCAAAGUAUGGAUAAUGUCCCACUAAGUGUUCCCCCAGCUUUGAACCUCUUGUCAUUCUUUACUUAGUUCCACACUUCUGUGUGGAAGUGUGGAAGUGUGGAAUAGUCUGACAAAGUCAGGAUAAUGUCACACUUUUCCCCCAGUCCCGAACCCCUUGUCAUUCUCUGAUCCAGAGGAAGUGGUGUAUUUCCCUUUAACGUUUUCAAUAAAAGGGUCAUUCUGGGCGACCAGAUAUCAGGAUGCCCUGAAAAAGGCUGUGGACCUAAAAGCUAAUGGGGUUUAUGUCCCUUUUAGAGCCUCCUUUCAACUGAGCAAGACUUUGACAGUGCAGUUUGGCUGGUCACUGGGUACUGUGGAAAUGAGAAAAUUACCAAGCUUCCAAAAGCAAUAAAAAGGGAUGAAAUCAUAUCUUGUUAGCUCUGUUGUACAAGAAGCAAGUGGAUUUCAAAGAUCACUGAAUUUAGGCUAUUUGGCUAUUACUAAGAAAGACAGGUGGGACAGAAAUGACAACAACAAUCAGUGUAACAGUGACUUGUCAUUUCUGCUUGAAGGUUGAGCUGGAAAGUUAUAGAAAUUGUACACAUGAAGAUGCUACAAAUUCAACUCCUUGUAGCUUGAUUGUGUUACAUAUUUGGUGGGUAGAUUUGAAAUUUCCAUGCUCUUCCCCACCACCCUUUUCAUUGCUUUACUUCUCCAAGCAGCUUCCACUAAAACUAUUUUUUUAAAAACAAAUGACAAAAACGUACCUUGAAACAUUUUAGAGGGCAUUUCACUUUAUGACAAGCAAAAUUCCUUAACUAGCAGUGAAGCCUGUACUUGGCCAACAUCCAUGGGAACGUAACUAGUGUCUACAUAAAUGGAGGUUGCCUCUAUCACAAGUCUUUAGGAAGAGUGAUGCACACUUCUGUCAUACUUCUUAUUCUCAAGUCGUAUUAAACAAACCGUGAUUACUUUAUUCAGGUUUCACUCUAUUAUUAUACCAAAAAUAUCUUUAUACUUAAGAAUGUGCUUUCAUUAGUUAACACUUCUCGAUUAUUCCAUUAUCCUUAAUCUGGGUUACUUUACAUAUAUAUUGCAUAGUAACAAACUUGAAAGGACAUCAGAAAAGAAACCAAAAUGUGCCCAAAUUGUUGUGAAGCCUUCACAACUAUACACGAUAUGACAUCUCAUAUCAUUCCAACAAUUGAAAAAUGUCCAGACCAAAUGUGCCUUCUCAGAGUUUUAGAAUCGUCUAAAUCAUCGUUUUAGAAUCAGUAAAUGAACCUUUUUUUUUUCAUUUCCGAAAAACAGCCUGCCUUGAAGAGGGCUCAGAUGUUACCUCUUCAGACAGUGACCUGCAGCAUUUUAGCGAUUAUGCGCACAGUGCUAGUAGUGAAGCACAGGAGCAAUAUUCUAGUGAGGAUGAUAAU